AUGGCCAUGGUCCUGGACGCCCAGCUGCAGCAGGCAGGCCUCUUCAAGAAAGUGGCGGAGUCCAUGAAGGACCUCUGCAAGGAGGUGAACUUUGACUGUUCCGAGAGGGGCAUGCAAGUACAGAGCAUGGACAGCUCUCACGUGGCGCUGGUGUCGCUGAUGCUGCGUGAAUCGGCCUUCGCUGAGUUCAAGUGUGAGCGGCCCGUGUCGUUGGGCAUGAACGUGGAUUCGCUCACGAAGAUCUUGAAGAUGACAGGUCCGAGCGACACGCUGAAGAUCCGGCACAGGGGCGACACGGAUGUGGUGAACUUCCAGUGCGAGGGCUCCGACGACCGCAUCUCGGAGUUUGACUUGAAGCUCUUUCAAAUCGAGAACGAGCACAUGGAAAUCCCCGAGCAGCACUACAAGGUGGUUGCCAAGCUCCCGUCGAGUGAGUUCCAGAAGAUCUGCCGCGACCUGAAGGAGUUUGGUGAGACUCUGCAUUUGACCGGAGACAAGGAUGGCUUGAAGUUCGUGGUGUCCGGCGACAUCGGCAGCGGCAACGUCCUGCUGAAGCCGCGCGAGACCGAGAAGCCAGAGGAGAAGGUGUCUCUCACGGUGCACGAGCCCGUUACCGCUGCUUUCGCUUUGCGUUACUUGGUGAACUUCUCGAAGGCUUCGCCCCUGUGCGGUUCCGUCACCCUGGGCUUUGCUCCGGAUGCGCCGCUGCUGGUGCAGUAUGAUCUCGAGACGGAAGAGAAGGGCCACAUGAAGUUCUACCUCGUUCUCACAGAUCUUACUUUGAAGAACAGAGCAUUUCAGACUGGUUCCUUUCGCUCGAGAUCAUCCUCUCGCAUCGACAGCCUCGAGCACAGCCUUUGCCUUCGCCUCCCUGUCCUUUGCGCCUUGCCCAGCAUGGCCAUGGUCCUGGACGCCCAGCUGCAGCAGGCAGGCCUCUUCAAGAAAGUGGCGGAGUCCAUGAAGGACCUCUGCAAGGAGGUGAACUUUGACUGUUCCGAGAGGGGCAUGCAAGUACAGAGCAUGGACAGCUCUCACGUGGCGCUGGUGUCGCUGAUGCUGCGUGAAUCGGCCUUCGCUGAGUUCAAGUGUGAGCGGCCCGUGUCGUUGGGCAUGAACGUGGAUUCGCUCACGAAGAUCUUGAAGAUGACAGGUCCGAGCGACACGCUGAAGAUCCGGCACAGGGGCGACACGGAUGUGGUGAACUUCCAGUGCGAGGGCUCCGACGACCGCAUCUCGGAGUUUGACUUGAAGCUCUUUCAAAUCGAGAACGAGCACAUGGAAAUCCCCGAGCAGCACUACAAGGUGGUUGCCAAGCUCCCGUCGAGUGAGUUCCAGAAGAUCUGCCGCGACCUGAAGGAGUUUGGUGAGACUCUGCAUUUGACCGGAGACAAGGAUGGCUUGAAGUUCGUGGUGUCCGGCGACAUCGGCAGCGGCAACGUCCUGCUGAAGCCGCGCGAGACCGAGAAGCCAGAGGAGAAGGUGUCUCUCACGGUGCACGAGCCCGUUACCGCUGCUUUCGCUUUGCGUUACUUGGUGAACUUCUCGAAGGCUUCGCCCCUGUGCGGUUCCGUCACCCUGGGCUUUGCUCCGGAUGCGCCGCUGCUGGUGCAGUAUGAUCUCGAGACGGAAGAGAAGGGCCACAUGAAGUUCUACCUCGCACCGAAGAUCGAUGAGUGA